CUCCCACGCCUCCCUCCCCCCACCUCCGCCCCAAUUCCAGGCUCUCCUCUGCUCACCCAUGGACUCCGCAGGAAGUUGGAACAUCUGAGUGCGCUCCGGGGCCGGGCGAGAGGAUGCGCAAGGUGGAGAGCCGCGGGGAAGGGGGCAGAGAGGAACUGGGAAGUAACAACCCUCCACAGAGAAACUGGAAGGGGAUUGCUAUUGCCCUGCUGGUGAUUUUAGUUGUGUGCUCACUCAUCACUAUGUCAGUCAUCCUCUUAACCCCAGAUGAACUCACCAAUUCAUCGGAAACAAGACUUUCUUUAGAAGAGCUCUUCAGGAAAGAUUUUGUACUUCAUGACCCAGAAGCUCAGUGGAUCAAUGAUACAGAUGUGGUGUAUAAAACCAAGAAUGGACAUGUCAUUAAACUGAAUAUAGAAACAAAUGCUACCACAUUAUUAUUGGAAAACACAACUUUUGUAACCUUCAAAGCAUCAAGACAUUCAGUAUCACCAGAUUUAAAAUAUGUUCUUCUGGCCUAUGAUGUCACACAGAUUUUUCAUUAUUCAUAUACUGCUUCAUAUGUGAUUCACAACAUACACACUAGGGAAGUUUGGGAGUUAAACCCACCAGAAGUAGAGGACUCAGUCUUGCAGUAUGCAGCCUGGGGUGUCCAAGGACAGCAGCUGAUUUAUAUUUUUGAAAAUAAUAUCUACUAUCAACCCGAUAUAAAGAGCAGUUCAUUGCGACUGACAUCUUCUGGAAAAGAAGGGAUUGUUUUUAAUGGAAUUGCUGACUGGUUAUAUGAAGAAGAGCUUCUGCAUUCUCACAUCGCUCACUGGUGGUCACCAGAUGGAGAAAGGCUUGCCUUCCUGAUGAUAAAUGACUCCUUGGUGCCUAACAUGGUUAUCCCUCGGUUUACUGGAGCAUUGUAUCCCAAAGGAAAGCAGUAUCCAUACCCCAAGGCAGGUCAAGUGAACCCAACAAUAAAAUUAUAUGUUGUAAAUCUAUAUGGACCAACUCAUACUUUGGAACUCAUGCCGCCCGACAGCUUUAAAUCAAGAGAAUAUUAUAUCACAAUGGUUAAGUGGGUAAGCAAUACCAAGACAGUGGUCAGAUGGUUAAAUCGACCUCAGAACAUCUCUGUCCUCACAGUCUGUGAGACCACUACUGGAGCUUGUAGCAGAAAAUAUGAGAUGACUUCAGAUACUUGGAUCUCUAAGCAGAAUGAGGAACCCGUGUUUUCUAGAGAUGGCAGCAAAUUCUUUAUGACAGUUCCUGUUAAACAAGGGGGCCGUGGAGAAUUUCACCACAUAGCUAUGUUCCUAGUCCAGAGUAAAAGCGAGCAAAUUACCGUGCGGCAUCUGACAUCAGGAAAUUGGGAAGUGACUAAGAUCUUGGCAUAUGAUGAAAAUACUCAAAAAAUUUACUUUCUGAGCACGGAGUCUUCUCCCAGAGGAAGGCAGCUUUACAGUGCUUCUACGGAAGGAUUAUUGAAUCGUCAAUGCAUUUCAUGUAAUUUUAUGAAAGAACAAUGUACAUAUUUCAGUGCCAGUUUUAGUCCCAUGAAUCACUAUUUCUUACUAUUCUGUAAAGGUCCAGGAGUCCCAGUAGUCAGCCUACAUAAUACGGACAACCCAGAAAAAUAUUGUAUGUUGGAAAGUAAUUUUAUGCUGAAGGAAGCUAUCCUGAAGAAGAAGAUCAUAAAGCCAGAAAUUAAGAUGCUUCAUAUUGAUGACUAUGAACUUCCUUUGCAGUUGUCCUUUCCCAAAGAAUUUACGGACCGAAACCAGUAUGCUCUUCUAUUAAUAAUAGAUGAAGAGCCAGGAGGCCAGCUGGUCACAGAUAAAUUCCACAUUGACUGGGAUUCAGUACUUGUUGACUCUGAUAAUGUUAUUGUAGCAAGAUUUGAUGGACGAGGAAGUGGAUUCCAGGGGCUAAAAAUUUUGCAAGAGAUUCAUCGAAGGAUAGGUUCAGUGGAAGUAAAGGACCAAAUAACAGCUGUGAAAUUUUUACUGAAACAGACAUACAUUGACUCCAAAAGAUUAAGCAUUUUUGGAAAGGGGUAUGGUGGCUAUAUUGCAUCAAUGAUCUUAAAAUCAGAUGAAAAGCUUUUUAAAUGUGGAUCUAUAGUGGCACCCAUCACAGACAUGAAGCUGUAUGCUUCAGCAUUCUCUGAAAGAUACCUGGGUAUGCCAUCUAAGGAAGAAAGCACUUAUCAGGCAUCCAGUGUGCUACAUAAUAUUCAUGGUUUAAGAGAAGAAAAUAUACUGGUAAUUCAUGGGACGGCUGACACAAAAGUUCAUUUCCAACAUUCUGCAGAAUUAAUCAAACACCUAAUAAAAGCUGGAUUGAAUUAUACAAUGCAGGUCUACCCAGAUGAAGGUCAUAACCUAUCUGAAAAGAGCAAGUAUCACCUCUACAGCACAAUCCUUAGAUUCUUCAGAGAUUGUUUAAAGGAAGAAAUACCUGUGUUACCACAAGAACCAGAAGAAGAUGAAUAAUAGACCCUAUUUAUAUUGUACUGAAGUGAAUAUAUUGAGGCUCAAUGAAACCUAACCAAGAGACUGUAAUAUUGCAGAUGCUUGAGAAUUUCAAGGGCAGCUUAAGGAGAUGACACGGGAACAGCACACUCCUCAGAGACAAUAAAUUAGAAUUUGAAUACAGAGGUCCAAGUCUACUGUAUUACCAAGGGUGCAGAAUCUCUUUCUUUGUAGACAAAAGGUCAAAGGGUUGGUUCCCUGGGAGAGAUUAGUUUUGCAUUAAAGUAGAAAACACUGCAUGUUUUCUUUUGUUAUUCCCCUGUUCUAUAGUUUGUUCUAUAAGUAGUUGCUCUCCUUUUAAUUUCUAGAGCCAUCAUUAUCUUUGCAUAUGAUGCACAACUUAUCAAGACAAUAAUGGUCCCUGACCUCUGAUGGUUGAGCUGCAGUCUAACACUUUACUGUACCCUUUACAAUAAGUGCAAUUCUUUCAUUGUCUAUUAUUAUGCUUAUGAAAAUGUUCAGUUAAUAAAAACACAGAGUAUUUUAUGUAAUUUCUGUUUUAAAAAAGGCAUUAUUAAAUGGGUCCAAGGACAUGUAGAAAUACGGAUUUCAGCACCUUCUGAAGUUCAGUCACUGGUCAGAAAAUAGAUACAAUAUCUUUAAAUUAGCACACAAGUGUUUGCCUCACAAUAUAUAUACACACAGGUGUGCAUAUGCAGUCUCUAAAACUCUUUACAUGUUAUUCAUGUGCAAAGGAUACAAUUUUGAUGAAUUAGAUGCGAUGCUCUUUUACAGACUAUAAUGGAUGCUUUGUUAAAUGAGCCAAAUUAUGACGACACAUUUUUUCAAUUCGAAUUCUAGCUAUUGCUUUCCUAUAAAUGCUUGGGUUGUGUUUGGUAUUGUUUUUAGUGGUUAAUAGUUUUCUAGUUGCAAUUUAAUUUUUUUGGAUAUGAUACCUUGUCACAUGUAAAUUAGAUACUUAAAUAUUAAAUUAUAGUUUCUGAUAAAGAAAUUUUGUUAACAAUACAAUGCCACUGAGUGCUAUUUUGCUCUUUUAGUGGAGAAGGCUUUUUUAAAAAUAGUCUUUUAACUUCUCUCUGUCAAUGCAGAAUCAAUUCUCAUUUUUAUUGAAAAAGCAAAGAAUUUGAUUAUUUCAUUUGACAGUUUUUAUUUAGUAUUCAUGCCUAUCCAAUGCAUCUGUUACUGUUUAAUUUACAUUCUUCUGGUGAGAAUAAGAAAUGAGUAAUUUUUAUCCAUUGGCCAAAAAAAUUUCAAAUAGCAGCAUUUGCUGUUUAUUUUGAAUAGAAGGCAAAAAUACAUCAAUUCCUGUACUAUGUUGACUUGCAGUAGUGAGUAACUUGAAAGUGAAAAAUAAACCUGACUGUAUGAAGUCAAUGUAAAUCAUGAGAAUAUUAACUUUGAUGACUUAAGUCCAAGAGGCUCUUCUUGCUUCAAUUAAGAGAUCUUCCAGAAGAUAUCCAAAAGUGUGUAAUUACCCUUUGACGUUCAAAUAAACCUAGAGAGUAAAUCAUGUUUUUGUGGUUGUAGGAAAGGCUAGAUUACCAUGAUGUCAGAACAACAAGAGGGACCUCGAAACUUUUCAGAAUUUGUUUAUCAUGCACCCGUUUUAUGGAAGGACCAACAAACAAACCUGAAGGUUUAGAAACAUGAGUAUCAUAUUGGGUAGUCAACAUGUCUCCUAGACACUUUGCAGUUGUAGCUUCACUGCCCCUUUUGGUUCAGUUUGAAGUGGUAACUUUCUCUCUUUUGACAAACCAUUUCAGAUCUUUUUCACAAAUGGUAAACAUUUUUUUAAAACAAAACAAGUUGUAACAUUUACUUGGAAAAUUUUGCCUAUUUUAUUAAGAUGGAAAUUUCUUUUUAGUUUGAUUUGGUGUCCAACUGAAGCUUUUUAAUCAAUAUUUUAAACUUGAGCCACUAGAUUUUUUUAUGAUACAAUAAUUAUGCUGUCUGAAAAAUGUGGUUUUAUUGGAUGUCUAUUUGAGUAACAUUUUAAAAAAGGAUUUACUUCUUCCUGU